AUGGGUUUGGCCAGCAGGAUUAGAUUGCGCUUCAGGGGUCAUGUUCAUGUCGUCGGGGUCGUGGUGCGAUGCGGCGGCGACGACGAGCACAGCCCACCGUUCGCGGGUGGUGGUGGAGGUGGUGCAAAGCUUGGCGCCGCCUGCCCCAUUCGGGUGGUCGAGGAAAUUACGUGCGCGAGCCCGAUACGCAAUGGCUGGCCCUUGGUCAAUGCAAGCCACCCGUUGCGGGCGGGCGUGGUCAUGGUGGUGUGCCCCAGAAUACAAUGCAGCCGAGACCCGACUCGACUCCAAGGGGCAGGCCGUUCGUCUGAGGGCCUUGCGGAGCGUUUCACGGCCUCAUCCUUUGACGUCCAGCACCCCCGCCACCGCUCAUGUCAAGCCCGAGCCGGAGCGCGCGACACAUGCCAGACUCUUCAGACUCAUGCCGACUGUCCAUUUGCAUGCCGGCAGCCGACUACUAGAGUAGCGCAUCGCUCCCCAGUGCCAGCAACCCACAAGCACACCACGCCCGGCCAGGACACCCUUACUGUCUAUGUCGAGCAUCCCGACUGCGCCAGGCACCAUCGCCAAUUGGCCGGAUAA